UAAAUAAAAAGAAAUCACAAAGGCUGGACCAGCACUUAGGUUUAAGAUAACUUGAAUCACACUAUUUUCACUUCUUCUUGUUCUCGUAUACACCCAAGAUCCAGCUGAUAUCUAAUAGAAGAAUCAAGAAGAUGGAUCGUGUAUAUACCAUUGGUAUCUGUCUCGUGGCUGUCCUUGCACUGGGUUCACGAAGAUGUAAUGCAGUUCAAUCAUGCGAGGACAAGGCGUUAAAGGAAUGUGUCGUGCAAUAUGCUUCAGGAUUUGCUGAUCCAAAAUACCAAAAACUGGAUGAUUUGAAGCUUCACUGUCUUCUGGAUAAGAAACUUGCAAUUUGUGCCAACAAAUACCUAAACCAGUUUUCCAGUUCAGCCUUCCUGGGUCUUGCUAAAGCUGCCUUGUCAUACGUGGUCUUCGAGAAGAAACUCAAAGUAUGCCGGUUGUACAAAUACAAACGACUGGCGAAAAAACUUGAUAGGGUUUCAGGAGAUAAAAAAGCAGAUAGGAUCUGGAGAAAGAGAAUCGAUCGGCUGUUGCAUCCAUCCAAGAUUCCAAAGUGUGCGAAACAAGUCGACAAGGAAUGCGUUCGUGAGUACGCUAAGCGAAUGAGAAAAAACCCCAACCUCUGUGAGAAUAUUCCAUUCAAGUCAAAAUGUUUGCUCGAGGGAACCAAAACCUGCAAAGCGACUAUCCUGACCGACCUGCUUGACGUGUUUCCAUAUGAAGCCAAUAAAGUACUCGCGGUCUUCUGUCAGAAAGCUCAAGACAGUGGUUAAAAUUUUAAAAUGAUCAGAAAAGAUUCAGGAUAAUUGUUAUUGCUUAAUAUUCUAGUUAGAAUGUUGUCAAAAUGAAAGAAGUGGAAUCACCCAAUAAAAGAUGAGUUAUGGAUAAAUAUU